UAAUGUUCUUGCCUUGGUUUCUUGAUGGUUCCUCAUAUUUCAUUUUUUUUUUCUUUUUAUUUGCGUGUCCAAUUCAAAUAUAAUCUUGUGUUCAUGGGUUGAUGGGCUUUUCUUAAUAAUUAAAGAAUAAACUGAUAAAUAUCUACGAGGGGAUGCUUGUGUGGGUCAAAUAUUACAAGCUCAGCUUCUGGGAUUCUUCCAGAUCUUUCUGGAAGUUUAAAUUUGUGGGCUUGAAUUACAUGCCUUUGUUUUCCUCAUAAAAAGGUCUCCCUUCUUGAAAUUUUUUGUCGAAACUGUCUUCUUGAAUUUAUAUGUAUAUUUUGUGGUGCUCUGCUAUUUAGAGAUUCUGAGUUAAUUAUCUGUUUUAUUCAUUUGAUUACGAGAAAAGGUGGUUGCUGAGGAGGGGAAAGAGAGAGAAUGGAGGAAGCAAUGGCAACGCGGUAUUGGUGUCACAUGUGCUCUCAAAGGGUGAACCCCAUAAUGGAAGUUGAGAUCAAGUGCCCAUUUUGUCAAAGUGGAUUUGUAGAAGAAAUGAGUAGUAGUACAAGGGAAAAUCAGGAGCCUGAUUCUGAUUUCAAUUCUGAUCGUGCACUCUCCCUUUGGGCCCCAGUCUUGCUUGGAAUGAUGGGAAAUCCUCGUUUACGUAGAAGAUUAAGAAGAAUGGAGUUUGAAGAAGAUGGCGAUGACAGCGAUGAUGGUGAGGCACACCAUGGAGGAGAAAGUGAAUUAGACCGUGAGCCUGAAUCAGUCAUGAGAAGAAGAAGAAGAAGAAAUUCAGCUACAAUGGUACAAUUGCUUCAAGGAAUUCGAGCUGGAAUGGUAUCUGAAUCAGAGAAUUCUGAAGGAGAUAGGAAUAGAAAUGGAGAUAGAGAUAGAGGUAGAGAUAGGGAAAGAGAACGAGUCAUUUUGAUCAAUCCUUUGAGUCGUACUAUAAUUGUUCAGGGUUCAUAUGAUUCAAGCAAUGGUCAAAACCAGAAUCACACUCCCAUUGGGUCAUUAGGUGAUUAUUUCAUAGGACCUGGUUUAGAUUUGUUGCUACAGCAUUUGGCAGAGAAUGAUCCAAAUAGAUAUGGUACUCCACCAGCUCAAAAGGAGGCAGUUGAGGCAUUGCCUACUGUAACAAUGAAUGAAACUUUGCAGUGUUCAGUUUGUUUGGAUGAUUUUGAGAUUGGCACUGAGGCAAAGGAAAUGCCUUGUAAGCAUAAGUUUCAUAGCUCUUGUCUAUUACCAUGGCUGGAACUUCAUAGUUCUUGCCCAGUUUGCAGGUUUCAGUUGCCUGCUGAUGAGUCCAAGUCUGACUCUGAGAGGUCUCAGAUUAGCAUUAAUGAGAGGGAGAGCAACAAUACCAAUAAUAACAAUAGUAGCAGUAGAAGUACUAAUAAUAGUGAUAAUCAUCAAAAUCAUCAUCAUGGAAGUAGCAUUGAAGUGGCAGAAGGGGAGGGAAGAAAUGGAAAUGGGAAUGGGCGAAGGUUUUCAUUUCCAUGGCCUUUCAAUAGUUUGUUCUCCUCUUCCUCUGGAUCACAAUCCAGUGGAAGCAAUUCGAGCUCAACCUCAUUGGCAAAUGCUACUGGAAGUGCUUCUCAAACAGAUGAGAAUUGAGUUUGAUUUUCUUACUAGCUUCAUGUUCUCUAAGUUGCUUGAAUGUGUGUUGCUUGUUUAUGUACAUAGUAUGUUACUAUUUAAGCCUGAAUCUUUGAACAAAAGAUUGUGUUUUGAGCUGCCAACCUUUUUUUAUUUAUUUAUUUUGCAAGAAGAAAUAUCAGCUCCUUCUAUUUCGCCUCCUCUUUAA